GGGUGUUGCUCCAGUUUCCAACAUCUGCCAUCUCCGGUGUCUCCUGUCCGGAACCAAAGGUCACAAUCUCCACGGACUCACCGGGAGGGUGGCAAAUCUUUGGAAUUCUCUCCCGAAGAGGCUCAGUUGCAGCAAGAGGUAAUCGCAAACAAAGGAGGCACCGGACACCUGUUAAAGAUCCGAGGAGCGGGAAGCGGACAGAAGACCUGGGAUCCGACGAUGAUCCGGAAAUCGUGCUUCCUCUUGGCACUUCUCCAAGCUGUGGUGUCGGACGAGUGGGGAGCCAACACUCCACGCGAUGUGUGGCCGCGGAGGGGUCUGUGUGCCCGGAUCCCGUGCCGCUACACCUAUCCAUCACAUCUGGCCAAUGAACCACGGACUGGAAUCUGGUAUAACAGUGAAAAAAUGGAUGACCGUCAUAUAGCCUUUCACUCCCUUCAUCACAGUCAGGUGUCAACAAGGUUUCACGGUCGAACCCGGCUGUCUGGGGAUCUGAAAAGCGGUGACUGUUCCCUGGUUAUAGACAACAUCUCGCAGCAAGACGAAGGUCCUUACUUUUUCAGGGUUGAAUUCGACAGCAAGAAUCGUUACAACUACCUCCCUGUGACAUGGCUCCAUGUUUCUGAAUUCACAGAUAAACCCUCGAUAUUCCCUGCUGAAAUGGUUGCAGGAAAGCCUGUGAAAAUACGCUGCUCCUUCAACACCAUAUGUAAUGGAACCGCGCCCACCUUCACCUGGGUCAUCCCCACUGAUGUACAACGGUCAGGGUCAAGCAGCGUAACUCAGCGGGGAGACACUCUGACAUAUACUUCUGUUCUGACCCUGACCCCAAAGCUCAACCAUCACGGGCAAACUCUCACCUGCAGACUCAGAUACCCAUCUGUUUCAUCGGCGGAGACCGUCACACUGACUGUGCGAUACGCCCCACGGAAUCUCUCGAUCGCUUCUCCCAACAAGGUGAACAAUUCCUGGGUCAAUGUAAGGGAAGGGAAUUCUGCAGCGAUCCUCUGCUCCGUCCAGAGCUUCCCAGCGUCCAUCCUGACGUGGAGACAUCUUGGUGUCACACUGAACACAACAAGUUCCAGCAACGAGCUGUGGUUGGAGGUUCCUCGGGUGACAUCCCAGCUCGCCGGAGUCUAUCAGUGUUUGGCGGAGAAUGAACACGGGAGAGCGGAGAGGAACAUAACCCUCACCGUGGAACUGCGGCCUCCUCUCCUGGACGCAGACCGGGGCGACGGCUUCGUCGAGCGCCUUCGUUCCGCCCGCCGCAACAGCUGGGACCUCCCGGUGGCCGCCCACCUCAAUCCCACGCCCCACUCCCACACGGACAUAACCUCAGCCUUUGUUCUGCCCACGUCCUUUGGGACUAAAAUGUACAACGACUACUGGAGGUUCGCUCUCCCGCUCGAGAACAUUCUGCAGCCGCUCUGA